AUGAAGGACAUUAUAGUUCUUUAUCCUGCUCUAGGUAGUGGACACUUAAUGUCUAUGGUUGAAUUAGGCAAACUCAUAGUAACUCAGUAUCCUUCAUUUUCCAUCAUAAUUCUCAUUCUUACACCACCCAAUGAAAACACAAACAAUAAAGACACCACUCUUUCUCCCCAAGAACACUACAUAGCAUCAGCUUCAACAACAUUUCCUUCAAUCAAUUUUCAUUAUAUUUCUCCAAUUUCACUCCCUGCAACACUUCUAACACAUUUUAUUACCUUUGAAAUCUCUCCACAAAGCAACCAUCAUGUUGACAACAUUAUUCAAUCUAUUUCCAAAACCAAAAACCUCAAAGCUGUUAUAUUAGAUUUCUUCACCUAUAGUGCCUAUCAAAUAGCCACAAAACUUGAAAUCUCCACUUACUUUUACUACACUUCAGAUGAUUACCCAGAUGAAUUGGAUUUUGAGAGUGAUGAAUUCAAGAUUUUGCUUGAAUCUACAAAAACUAUGACAAAAAAUGUUGGACUUAUUGUGAACACUUUUGAUGCUAUUGAAGGAAAAGCAGUUGAAUCUUUAAAUAAAGGAUUGUUUGUUCCUAAUCGAACUACUCCUACAUAUUUCUCUAUUGGACCUCUGAUUACAUCUUCUUAUGAUGGAGAUGAAAAUGGGUGUCUGCAUUGGCUCAACUUGCAACCGAGUAAAAGUGUCGUGUUGUUAAGUUUUGGAAGCAUGGGGAGAUUUUCUAAGGCUCAAUUGAAAGAGAUAGCAGUUGGUUUGGAAAAAAGUGCAAUAAGUCAUGAUUCAAUUGGUGGAUUCGUGAAUCACUGUGGAUUGAACUCGGUGUUGGAAGCAGUUUGUGAAGGUGUUCCUAUGGUGGCAUGGCCUUUGUAUGCUGAACAAAGUCUGAACAAAGUGAUUUUGGUUGAAGAAAUGAAGGUGGUUUUGGAACUGAACAAGUCAAAAGAUGGGUUUAUGAGUGGAAUUGAAUUAGUAGACCGAAUUAAGGAAUUGAUGGAAUCAUAUAAAGGAAACGAGAUUUGA